AUGUCUAUCUCUCAGUCGCCUGUUGGAACACCAGUUACAUUUUAUUCAAAGGCGAAAAUCUAUUGGAGUCAAGUUCCAGCUACAGUUGACGGAAUGUUAUCAGGUUAUACCUCGUUAAAUGUCCCGGAUAUUGCAGAUUCUGAGGUAUUUCUUGAUGAAUUCGGACCAUCUACUACAGCAUACGCAUUAGAUUGUGGUGCCGGUAUUGGACGUGUUACUAAACAAUUAUUAUUACCACGUUUCUCUAUUGUCGAUAUGGUUGAAUUGACACAAUCAUUUCUUAAUCAAGCAGAAGAAUAUAUUGGACCCGAAGAUUUUCCUAGAGUUGGUGAACGCUUCUGUAUUGGUUUACAAGACUUUACUCCACCAACUGGUCGUUAUGAUCUAAUUUGGAUUCAGUGGGUAUUAGGCCAUUUAUCAGAUUUAGCUUUGCUAGCCUUUUUAAAACGUUGUGCUCAUGGACUUUCUCCAGGCGGUAUCAUUGUAAUUAAAGAAAAUAUCACUUCACCUGGUGGACACGAUGAAAAAUCAAUCAUGAAUUCAGAAGAAAUCGAUUUCGAUGAGAUCGAUAGUAGCUAUACAAGAUCACGAUCAACUUAUAUAAGAGCUUUUAUGGAUACUGGUUUAACAUUAAUUGGUGAACGUGCUCAAACAAAUUUCCCGUCAUCAUUUUAUCCAGUAAGAAUGUUUGCAUUAUCAUAUAACGGUGAUCCGAAAGCAUCUCCUACAAAAUCUUUGCCUAAACCACUACCAACUGUAAGUGCUUAA